GGUUCUACCUCUGCUCCUUCGCCUACACUCUAUUGUUCUAUCUCUUUCUCUGGAAUCCUCAAAAGCUCAGACACAAUGGAUGCAUCUCCCCCAGGAACCAGUAAACGGCCCGCGGAGUCUGCCGAGGAGGAAGAAGAAGAGCUCCAGCCGGACGCUAAGAAGCAGAAGAGAUGCUUCGCGGAGUUCGAGCCCCGAAGCUAUCAGCUUACGGUGUUUGAAGUGGCAAUGCGGAGGAACACCAUCGCAGUUCUAGACACCGGCGCUGGGAAGACUAUGAUUGCGGUGAUGAUGAUUAAGGAAAUUGGGAAGGAACUUAGGAUGAAGGAGGACAGGGGUCUCAUUGUCUUCCUUGCUCCUACCGUUCAUCUUGUCACCCAGCAAUAUGAGGUGAUCAAAGUUCACACUGAUCUUAAAGUUGCUGACUACUAUGGUGAGAAGCGGAUUGAUCAGUGGGAUGAGAAGAAUUGGGAGAAGGAGACAUCAACUUACCAAGUAAUGGUGAUGACGCCUCAGAUUUUAUUGGACUCAUUGAGGAGAGCUUUCUUAUCAAUGAGUGUGGUGCGAUUGCUGAUUUUUGAUGAGUGCCAUCGAGCCACUGGGAACCAUCCUUAUACUAGGAUAAUGAAGGAAUUCUAUCACAAGUCUCCAGAAAGGCCAACAAUUUUCGGAAUGACAGCAUCACCUAUUAUAGGAAAAGGCAAGAGUGUCUCAUCAGCUACGGAAUGUGAAGAUAAGCUUUCUGAACUUGAAAGAAUUUUAGAUGCAAAGAUAUAUGCAGUCGUUGACAGGAGUGAAAUGGACUUAUAUGUUCCUUCCGCGACAGAAGUUAAUAUAUAUUAUGAUUCGGACUUGUUCACUCAUCAUUGUUUAAAAACCAAGUUGGGACUGUUAUUUAAUAAGUUUGAUGCUGCUGUUAUCUCUUUGAGUAGCUCCAGAUCACAUCAUUAUAGUGAUUCAGAAGACAUUGUGAGAAGAUCCAGGAUGCGGUUGUCCAAGUGGCAUGUAAAAUUUUGCUACUGCCUUGAUGAACUUGGAUUGAUUUGUGCGAGUGAGGCUACUACAAUAUGCUCGGAGAAAAUCCGUCUUCCAUAUUCUGCAGCAUGUAAGGAUUUUGCUGCAGAGUGUUUGGAACUAUGCAAGUCUUUUGUUGAGGAGUGUAGGAAUUCAGUUAACGAAUGUUUGCCUCAAGAAGCAAAGGAUCUGGGCGGUCCAGAAGCCAAGAAAUUGGGUUAUGUAUCUUCCAAAUUGUGCAAACUGAUGUGUAUUUUUCAAUCUUUUGACACUUCCAGAGAAAUUCGCUGCCUUGUUUUUGUCGAAAGAAAAAUUACAGCUAAAGUGAUAGGUCGCAUUUUUGAGAAAAUUAAUAUUUUAUCAAAUUUAAAAGUUUCUUAUUUGACUGGAGGAGGUUCUUCAGUAGAUGCACUGACCCAGAAAACUCAGAAGGAGACCUUGGAAUUAUUUCGUCUUGGAAAGGUGAAUAUAUUGUUCACUACUGAUGUAGCUGAAGAGGGGCUUCACAUUCCUGAAUGUUCAUGUGUCAUUCGUUUUGACUUGCCAAAAACAGUUCGUAGCUAUGUUCAGUCAAAGGGGAGAGCUCGACAGUUUGGCUCCCAAUACAUUAUUAUGCUUGAACGGGGAAAUACUCAACAAAGGAACCUGUUAUUUGACAUUAUGAAGAGCAGGCAUUCAAUGAUGGAUGCUUCUUUUAAUCGAGAUCAAGAUGCUUUGAUUCCGAAAGCACUCAGCUGCGAAGAAAUAAAUACAUAUCAUGUGGAUUCAACUGGAGCAACUCUGACUGUUGAUGCAAGUGUUGGCCUUAUCUAUAAAUACUGUGAUAAGCUGCCCAGAGACAAAUAUUUCACUCCGAGACCAGUUUUCCAGUUUGAUGUUUGCAGUGGGACAUAUGAGUGCACAAUAACUCUACCAGCCAAUGCUGCAUUUCGGACAUUAGCUGGUCCUUUCUGUAGAAAUUCUCAUCUAGCAAAACAACAAGCUUGUUUGGAGGCUUGUAAGCGGCUGCAUCAACUUGGUGUUUUAGACGAUCAUCUUAAUCCUAUAAUUGUAGAACCAAUGGAAUCUGAGGUUGAUGAAAAAACAAAACAAAAUACUGCUGGUGCAGGUACAACGAAGAGAAAAGAACUCCAUGGAACCUCAAUCAUACGCGCAACAUCCGGAACUUGGGCAUACCAAAAGAUCGGUGCAAUCACUUUGCAAGGAUACAAGAUAAAGUUUGUGUGCAAUCACGUAAACUAUAAAUAUUCUGGCUUCAUUUUGUUGCUUGAUGCCAUUCUUGAUGAAGAUGUUGGCUGUUUGGAUAUAGAUCUUUAUUUGGUUGAUAAGAUGGUGAAAGCCAACAUUUCUCCAUGCGGACUCAUUGAGAUGGAUAACAAGCAGAUUGAGCGAGCAAAAAUAUUCCAAGAACUAUUUUUUAAUGGCUUAUUUGGCAAAUUAUUUAAAGGAUCCAAAUCUAGCGGACAGAAAAGGGAGUUUCUACUAAAAAGCAAUAAAAGGCCAACAUGGAGCAGUUCCAAUAUGUACCUGCUUUUACCACUUAAAACCUCAGACCAACAACAUCAAGAUGAAGCACAUAUAAACUGGGAUGCAAUUGAUGCGACCUUUUCCGCGGUGGAAUUUAUAUCAAUAAUUUACACAUCAGGAGCGGAAAGUGAUCAACUGUGGAAAAAUCCUGUUUCAUUUGUUUCAAGAAAUGAUUCCGAUGAAUCCGGUGUCAUCCACCUUGCCAAUAAGCUUUUGCAUGUUCAAAGUGUUAAAGACUUGGUAGUUGUGGCGAUUCACACUGGCAAAAUCUACACGGUUCUUGAUGUUGUAACUGAUUCAUCUGCUUGUAGUUCGUUUGAUGCACCGGGGUUUGCUACAUAUAAAGAGUACUUUAGCAAGAAGUAUGGAAUUGUGCUUCAGCUCCCAGGGCAACCAUUGCUGCUUUUGAAGCAUAGUCAUAAUCCUUACAACCUUCUUUCUUCAUCCAGCUACAUUGAAGCUGGAUCGGCUACAAAAAAGAGAAAAUUUAGCGCUAACGAUCCAAUGAAGUCACCAAAUCAUGUACGAAUGCCUCCAGAACUUCUGAUUCACAUCGAUGUGCCCUUGGAUGUCAUAAAAUCUUUCUAUUUACUACCUUCCUUGAUGUAUCGAAUGGAAUCCCUGAUGUUGGCUGGCCAGUUAAGAAAGGAAAUUGGCUACCAUUCUGCUUGUUCUUCUGUAUCAAGUGCUUUGAUCUUGGAAGCCAUCACCACAUUAAGAAGCUGCGAGGAAUUCUCCCUGGAGCGUCUUGAACUACUAGGGGACUCCGUGCUGAAAUAUGCAGUGAGCUGCCAUCUUUUUCUAAAAUACCCCGAUAACCACGAAGGUCAAUUAUCCGCUCGCAGAUCGCAGUUAGUUUGUAAUGCCACUCUUCAUAAAUUUGCCGUGCAACGGAAUUUGCAGAGUUACAUACGUGACGCCCCAUUUGAUCCACGCCGCUGGGUGGUUCCCGGUCAAAUCUCUCUUCAUCCUGUUCCAUGUAAAUGUGGAGUUGAUACACUGGAUGUGCCAUUGGAUGGGCAACAUGUAUCCGAGGAUAAAUCUAUCGUGAUCGGGAAGGCUUGCGAUAGAGGGCAUAGGUGGAUAUGCUCCAAAACCAUAUCCGAUUGCGCUGAAGCGCUUAUUGGAGCAUACUAUGUCGGAGGUGGACUGAGUGCAGCCCUCGCCGUAAUGAAAUGGUUAGGCGCUGGAAUUACUCUGGAGCUCGAAAUGGUGGAAGACACAAUAAGAUCUCUCUCUCUAAAAAGCCAGUUAACCAAACUCGAUGAGAUCGAAAUACUAGAAAAGAAGGUUGGGUAUGAAUUCAAAACCAAACACCUUUUACUCGAGGCCAUAACUCAUGCUUCCCAUCUCGAGUUAGGAGGCAUCUUCUGCUACCAGCGGCUCGAGUUUCUUGGAGACUCCGUGUUGGACAUCCUUAUUACGUGGCAUCUCUUUCAGCAACAUAAAAAUGUCGAUCCUGGAGAGUUAACGGACUUGAGAUCCGCUUUGGUCAACAAUGACAACUUCGCUCAAGUCGCGGUGAAGCAUAAGUUUCAAGUUCAUCUUCUUCAUGGUUCUGGAUUACUUUUAGAACAAAUCACAGAAUAUGUAAAGCUUUAUGAUGAAGCGAGAAAGGAUGAGCAAACAUCUUCUCAAAAUAAUUUGCUCAAGGCUCCCAAGGUCCUUGGGGACAUCGUUGAGAGUAUUGCUGGUGCCAUCCUGAUUGAUUCCAAGCUUGAUUUGGAUAAAGUAUGGGGGAUUUUUGAACCUCUACUUUCGCCGAUCGUAACGCCGGAGAGUCUCGAGUUGCCUCCGUUUCGAGAAUUAUUGGAAUUAUGUAGUUGUUCCGGCUAUUUCUUAAAUGUUUCGUGCAUCGAUGAAGAAGAUAUGGUGCUUGCUGUGCUCGAUGUACAACUGAAGGACGUUUUGUUGGUCAGACGAGCACGCGAUAAGAAUAGAAAAGCUGCCAAGGGAAAAGCAGCGCUUCUGUUACUGAAAGACAUGGAGGAACGAGGAUUCUCGCAUUCCCGACAUGGUUCCAAGGGUGGUCAAGAUGGAGGACAAGUUCUCCAUGUGAAGCAGUCUGUUAAGAAUUUGGACUUCCAUGCGCCAGUAGAAGAUUGUGAGUUUACUCAGCCGAUGAAGCUAACGGAGGAUGUGGGUGUUGCUCUACUGCUGAAUGAUAAUGGGCGUAGUCCACCAGCAGUGGAUCUACCAGUCAAACUUACAAAGGGUGGACCCCGCGCCGCAAUUUAUAACCUUUGCAAGCGUUUUCAUUGGCCAAUACCUAGCUUCGACUCCAAACUCGGUAGAUCAAGUAGUGAUGAUGGGAAGAAAGGGGCUUUUAGCUUCAUUUCGAGUAUCACAAUGCAUUUUCCUGAUUCAAGCUUCCUCAAGCUGACAGGAGAGAGCAGAUCAGAUAAGAAGAGUUCGCUGGAUUCAGCUGCGCUACUUAUGCUCUAUGAGCUGGAGAGGCUUGGGCGAUGUAAAAUACAGGAAGUAUGAUGGGUAGAUUGGGAAUUUUAGAAGGAAGAAAAAUAUAAUAAAAAUGAAAGAUUGGGAAUUAGAUGCAGUGAAAUCCAUUGUUUUAUUUCUGGUCAUUUUUAUUGUGACUUUUUGCAAGCAUUGAUUGAUAGGGUAGUAAUGUAAACUGAUUUUGCAUUUUCAAGAAAUGAAAGUCAUUA